AUGGGUGUGUCGCUACCAAGCGACGAUGCCAUUUUGAAAUUUCGAAUUGUCGAAGGCGAUAGACAGUAUUUCAAAGCUGAAGCGAAAACCGUAGGAGAUUUUGCAUUUCUGCAAAUUCGAUAUCGGAACGAUGGUAUACUCAAUCGAGAGUUAAAGGAGCGGUAUGAAUUUCUUGUUAAAGCAUCAUGUCGACGAAAGGAUGCAACAAACUUGGAGACAACAGUUAUGGUCAACUUAUUUGUUACGGAUCAAAAUGAUGCGGGACCGAUAUUUGAGAAAGAUGAGUAUCGAGCUGAAGUGAAACAAAAUGUGCCACCAUUUACCACCAUCCUACAGGUGCAAGCCUCUGAUGCUGAUGUUGCUCUGAACAGCCAAAUUUAUUAUUCGUUAGUGGAAUGGUCACUUGAUUUCAUGGUCGAUCCGAUUUCUGGUGCUAUCCGGAAUUUGCGAUCCUUGCAAUCUGGCACCUAUGAAUUGACGCUUUUGGCCGAAGAUCGAGCUUCAAGGCUGUUCCGGAAAAAGGCUCAUGCUGAUGAAGAAAAUAAUCUUUUCAAUCACAAUAAAGCUAAAGCGAUAAUAACGGUAGAGUCAGUGGAGAAGAAUGAUCGAAAGUUAAGAGUUGAGGUGAAACCGAUAUCAACGGGUUUAUGGAAUGUCACUCAAACUGUUGCAAUAGCCAGGAUAGAAGGAGUGACAACAGAUGCUUUUACUAAACUGGAGAUCGUUGAUAGCGAAUAUGCUGGCGCUUUUGUCCUGACAAAAGAUUUAAGCAAUGACAAUGUUUGGCUGGUUGAAACUAUUGCUGGUGUUUGGCCACAAGCUGAUUGGUUUAUCCAGUUGAAAGCAAUUGCUGUGAACGAUUUCGUCGAAGAUCUGAUGGAAAAUAUUAGUGUACAAUUAGUAGGCAAACGACUGGUGAAAUUUGAUGAUCUACCAGUUAUGCGAAUUGUUGUCAACGAGUCAGUACCGCUAGGCUAUGUUUUAACACAACUAAAAGCUUAUAUUGUACAUGGUUUCGAUGGAGAUGAUGAGCGAAUAAGGUAUUCAACUUCAAACGCUGAGAUAAAUCUACCCUUCUCUGUUAAUGAGAAGAGUGGACAUUUAAGAGUAAUCAAAUGGCUUGAUUACGAAAAUGUGUCAAUGUAUCGUUUUGAAGUUUCUGCUAAGCUUCUGGACAGUGAUUUGGAAGCAGUGAAAGAGGUAGAAGUGAUAGUGACAGACAGCAAUGACCACUGUCCAACUUUCGCUGUUAAAUGGGCUCGAGGUGAUCCUAUUGCUUUUCCUCGGAAUUAUCCGCUCAACAAGGUAUUGUUUAAAGCAGAAGCACUGGAUAUUGAUAGUGGCGCAAAUGGCCACAUCCGAUAUGAACUGUUCAGUGAAGCUCUUACCACUAUGAGGAUCUUUAGCGUCAUUCCUGACUCAGGCGAAGUUGUAUUGCAGCAGAAACCGCCAGAGAAUCAAUCUCAGUGGAAGUUUAGGAUUCGAGCAUCUGAUGCUGGAUGGCCGUUUCCGCGAAGUAGUGAAAUAUUGAUCAGUAUGUAUAUAAGCGGUACAAAUCCACCUCUUAAAACGAGGCCAUCGCUUCUGCGUGAACCGCAAAAUGAACAUUCACCGGUUUUCAUAAACCAAACUGUAUUUGUUGUAUCAGUGGAUACCCCGCCUGGAAAGGUUGUGGGACAGGUAGAAGCACAUGACGGUGAUAUGGGUUAUGCCGGCCUGAUACGGUUCGGCACCUUCGACAAAUUCUUUGCGCUGGAACCGUUUACUGGUGAAGUUAUUCUACUGGCAUCGUUGGUAGAUUUGUUAAGAAACAGAAAUAAGACAAAACAAGUGGAAUAUAACGUUGAAAUAAGUGCCUGUGAUUGGGGACAACUUGUUCGAUGCACUAAUGGAACUAUUACAGUAUUGAUCACUGAGGCCAAUGUAUAUAGGCCACGCUUCGAGAAGCCUUACUAUCACGUGCAUAUAACGGAGGAUACUGCAGUUGGAACCAACUUCUUAGCACUUUUAGCACAGGACAAUGAUCAUGGUGACAACGGACAGGUUGGAUAUCAAAUAAUCGAUUCGCAGAGUCAUUUUCAAAUUGAUGAAAAACAUGGCGUUUUGCAAGUUAUAAAGAAACUCGAUCGCGAAGAGAUGGCUUUUCAUCGACUUACGAUCAUGGCUUUCGAUCAUGGACAUCCGAUGAAAGUUGCAUUUGUUAAUGUCACAAUUGUUCUCACUGAUGUUAAUGAUAAUGCUCCUUCAUGUGCCGAGCCUAUUCGAAAAGUAAUAAUUCCGGAAGAUUAUCCGAAUAACGUCUUACUAACGUGUGUAGCAGCAUGGGAUCCUGAUGAGGGUAAAAAUGGUGAAGUGGCCUUCGCAUUUGACAGUACUAUUGAAGCAUCCCUUACGUUACCGUUUCGUAUACAAGAAGAUACAGGAUGUAUUUUUACAAGCAGUGAUGAGCCAUUUGAUUUCGAAACAACUAGUCUAUACAAUUUAUCUGUAGAAGCAAUGGAUAAGGGUGAACCGAUGUUAAGUUCUAUAUGUACAGUACUGGUGGAGUUUUCGGAUGUGAAUGAAAAUUUGUUUCCGCCACUUUUUGAUGAUAUUGCAUACGAAACCAGUGUUUAUGAAAAUAUGCCUGUAUGGACCGAAGUUCUUACUUUAAAUGCCGUUGAUCCAGAUAGUCCAGGAAUGCCUGUAAAGUAUACUGUUAUUGAUGGUGAUGGAAUCAGUUCAUUCACCAUUGACUCGGAAGGAAUAUUACGAACUUCGGCAGUUCUCGAUCGUGAAACAUGCGGUUCCUACUGGUUAACAAUUGAAGCUUGUGACUUGAACCCAGUACCACUUACUUCCGUACUUCAUGUAUUUGUUCGUGUUCUGGACAGAAAUGAUCAUAUACCGCUCUCCUUACGCCCUAUCUAUUUUUCCAGUAUUCCAGAAAAUUCACCUGAAGAUACAGUCAUUAUCAAAGUUGAAGCGGAAGAUAAAGAUGACCUUUCGAACCGUUAUGGUAUUACGAAUGUGCACUUUAAAAUAAUUAGCGGUAAUCCUCAGAGCUUCUUUGCAAUCGAUUCUAAAACGGGUUACAUUGUGACUCGUGGAAAAAGAAGGCUGGACCACGAAACUCAAAAAGAGCACGUUAUUGUAGUAGAAUUCUGCGAUCAAGGUGAUCCAAAAUUAUGUACCACGGUACCAGUAGUAAUAACUAUCACUGACCUAAACGAUAAUCCACCCUCUUUCAAACAAACAACUUACAAUUUCAAUGUGCCAGCUGGUGACAUUGGUGAACUGUGCAGAAUAUUUGCCAUCGAUGCUGAUGAAGGACAAAAUGCUCUGUUGUUGUAUAAUUUCACUGAAGCAGAUCCUCGAUUCUCUAUUGAUUCUGACGGUCGAAUAAUUACAUCUGAUCCUCUAAAAGAAAAUGAAAGUUAUCAACUGACUGUUAAGGCAAGUGAUAUGGGUCAACCACCACAAAUGUCACUGUCAGUUUUGAUCACUUUGAAUGCUGUUGGAAAACAUGCAAAGACAACUGCAAAUGGUAAGCCGAAGUUGUUAAACGAAAAUCACUGGGCUCGGCUAUCGAUAUCAGACGAAGAAAACAUUGGUGAAAUAGUUGGACUAAUUGAGGCCGAAGAUCCAGACGGCGAUCAAUUAUGGUGGAAAAUCACUGAUGGCAAUCCAAACAAUACGUUCGCUAUAAGCUGUGAUGCAGGAGAGUUAUACUUGGCGAAGAGUCUUGAUUUCAUCAAAAAGAAUAUCACUGAAGUGACAUUGAAAUUCGCAGUUAGUGAUGGUUUUGAUACUACAGAAGGAGUGGUAAUGAUUGAGAUAUCCCGAAAACAUCGAAGUCGACCGGAAUUUAAUGCCCAGUAUCAUAAAAUUCCUGUAUUGAAGACAGCACCGGUAGGAACGGUGGUGCAUACCUUGAAAGCUACUGUCGAACAGCUGAAUAGCUCCAUCAGUGAUCGAGGAAUAAUUUUUGGGAUACAUGUGGUAGAGGAUAUCGCUGUCGCCGACAAAUUACGUGUCAAUCCAAGUUCCGGAGAAGUAGUUAUUGCUGAAUCACUCAACAACAUCGUUACUAAGUUCUUUACAUUGGUAGUAUACGCUCGUUUCAAUCAAAUGAUCAACUAUGCACUGCUCGGUAUAUCAUUGUAUGAUGAGACAAAAACGUCACCAAAAUUUGUUGUCUCUGAAUAUUUCACAUCCAUUUCAGCAAGCUCACCGGUGGGAACACGAGUUUUGAAAGUGCGUGCCUACGAUCCGGGUCACAGUAAUAUCAAAUACUCAAUUAUCGAAGGCAAUGGAGGCGGUCACUUUGUGAUCAAUGAAUAUAGCGGUGAGAUCAGAACAGCUUCUCCACUGAUAUCAUACCGUCAUAAAAGCGCAUUGCUGAUAGUACAGGCUAGUAUCCAGCAAAAUGAUAGUUUAACUGAUCGAUGCAGUGUUGGAGUAAAUAUACUCAGUGAUGAUCUCGGACGGGUCAAUCUACCUCAUCCAUCAUAUUCCCUAACGAUACACGAAUCCUCACAACCGGAUACGAUUGUUUACAUAUUAAACACGGAUGGUGUUGCGAGCAUUCGGUAUAGUUUCCGUGAUCCAUGUCCGUUCCUCUCAGUACAUCCAAUUUCCGGAGUUAUCUCUACAAAACUCGUCACUAAUGCUGCUACAUCAUUUCCUCAUACUUGUAUAGCUAUAGCACGAAAUUCGCUCGGAACUGAAGAUUCCAUGGAGCUGAAGAUCAAUAUUGUUAGUGAGAAUCACCAUGCGCCAUACUUCAAAAAUACAGUUUAUCAUGGAUAUAUUCAUGAAAAUAUGCCGCCAAAUUCAUCGGUGUUGUUGGAAGAUGGCCAUCAAUUGCUUGUGAAAGCGAUUGAUCAUGACAGAGGAAUGAAUGGACUUGUUAAUUAUUGUAUUGUUUCACCGCUUGAGCCAUAUUUCACGAUCGAUUACAUCUCUGGUGCUGUUCUAACAAAAACGAAAAUUGACUUCAAGAAAGUAAAACGCUGGUCAUUUUAUGUCCAAGCAAGUGAUUCUGCACCACAGAUGUUAACAUCACCAGUUCCAGCCUUAGUUGAAAUAACGAUUCUUGAUAUGAAUGAUAUGCCACCCUCAUUCACCCAAAAGCAGUACAAUGCAACACUUUUUCUUCCCACUCUUAAAGGUACAACAGUAUGUUAUGUGACAGCGAAAGAUGUGGACACAGUAGGUGUAUUACGUUACGCCGUUGUCGCACCUGACAUUAACAAAUUAUUUGCUGUAGAAGAAUUUACCGGACGCAUUUAUACGAAUGGCAAUAGUUCCACUAAUUAUGCAGAAAAUAAUUAUGAGAUUAAUUUAGUCGUAUCGGACGGUUUAAAAUCAGAUUUUACGGUCCUGUGGGUUCGCAUUAAAAACACUUCUGAGAUUGGAAAUACGAUCAAGUUUUUGGAAGCAAACUAUGAAGCAGUGAUGACAGAAAACAUAACAUCAUCUGUAAUGGUACCGUUGUUAACUGUCAGAGCCAAGAGCACGGUAAAUGAUAGUCUUCUGUACAGCAUUUUAAAUCCAAACAAUUAUUUCACAGUCGGCGCCACAUCCGGAAUUAUCAGCUGGACUGGUACAGCUAUUGAUCGGGAAAAAAUGUCUGCAGUACAAUUGAUUGUGCAGGCACGGCUGUUGAGUGGUGGUAACAAUCGAGCGCAAAGUAUUGUGACAAUCAAAAUUGAGGACAGAAACGACUGUCAACCACACUUCAUUGGUCUUCCCUAUGAGCCUACAAUUCCACGUGAUGUUAAGCCAGGCUAUAAAGUGAUUAGUGUGAAGGCUAUUGAUGCUGACGAGGGAUUCAAUGGUGCCAUUAGAUAUAAAUUGAAAACAAGCACGAAUUAUUUUGAUAUUAACAAAUACGAUGGGAAGAUCGUUAUCAGUCAAUCAUUUGAAGAUGCUAACUUCGACAGUGUUUCACUGGAAGUCAUUGCAGAAGAUCAAGGAGAACCCUCUCUAUCAUCGUCGACCCAUGUUGUGAUACAUAUUGUUGAUCGAAGUAUACCUAUAAUUGGUAAUCGCUAUCAAGAAGCUCAUAUUCUGGAAAAUGCAGCACCUGGUUCCUCGGUGACAAAUGUUCAUGCGAUAAGCGUUGUAGGAGGUAGGAUCGGGUACGCAAUUAAAUCUGGAAAUGACGAUAAUCGCUUCAAAAUUGAUUUUGAUACAGGUAUGAUAAGUGUGCAUAAAGCGUUGGAUCGUGAGAUACACGCUUUUUAUAAUUUAACUGUUGUUGCGAUCGACGUCACUCGACUAGGAGUACGGGCGGAAAGUUAUGUAGUCAUAAGGGUUCACGAUAUAAGUGAUACUGCUCCUCAUUUUACCCAACUUCUUUACACUAUAUCAGUCAGCGAAUCAACAGCCGUUGGUAGUGAACUUUUGAAGGUUGAGGCAAUUGAUCCGGAUAUAGAUGAUAAUUACAUUUCAUAUGGAAUUACUGGACCAAAUGCUUCAGUGCUUUCGAUGGAUCCUCGAAACGGUGCUAUAUCACUCAUGAAACCGCUUGAUUACGAAACGGAACGUUUGUUUAAAUUCAAAUUGACUGCUUCCGAUUCCAUACAGUUAACUUCAGAAACGGAUUUGCUGCUGCAUGUUACGGAUGCAAACGAUGUUGCUCCAAGAUUUAUCUCAAAAACAUUUCACAGCAUAGUAGAAAGUGAAACUCCCAUCAAUCAUUUUGUUGCAAAAUUGGACGCUUCUGAUGAAGAUACUAUAUCAAAUCUUGAAGAUGGCAGUCGAUUCCUAUUCUCUAUCAUAGACGGUGACGAGACCUUGUUGCAAAUCAACCGCUCCACGGGUGUUGUAUCACUGCUGCGAGCAGUUGCCGAGGAUGAUCUUAAAAUUGGUAGAAAACGCUUCAACAUAUCAGUCAGUGAUGGUAUUUUCACGGAUUUUUGCUUGUUGGCGGUGAAAAUUGUCAAAAGCCAAAGCAGACAACUGCAAGAGUUACCACGUUUUGAACGGACACAUUAUUCUACAAGUAUACGGGAAAAUAGACCAACUGGUGUGACAUUGAUGACUGUUCGGGCACAGAGUGGUAUACCUCCUCUAAGAUAUUCAUUUAACGGUUGCUAUGAUAAUUGUUCUGGAGUGUUGAAUAUAGAUGAAACAACGGGUAGAAUUUACACAAGUAAUCCAUUUAAUUACGAAACGCAACACGUUCAUCAAUUCGUCAUUAUGGUUACUGAUGCUGGUAAUCGAUGCGCUUUUACUACUUUAAUGUUGAAUGUAAUUGAUGAAAAUGACAACAUACCGCAUUUCAUCUCUUCAAAUAUCGAAACAUCAGUACCGGUUGCUUCACGUCCUGGUGAAUCUGUCUUAAUGGUAUUUGCUUUUGAUUGUGAUGUUGGCGAUGAGCUGAAAUACAGCAUUGUUGAUAAUGGUGAACUUCGCUCCAAAUAUUUUGCAAUUCAUCCAAAACAAGGGUUGAUCAGUGUGAAAGAGCCAUUAAAUGAUCUCGUUGGUGAACAACUUUCCUUGUUUAUUCGUGUGACGGACAGUGCAAAUCCUCCUCAUCAAAGUGAAACAUCUGUAACAUUGAAUAUCAGUCCGAUUGUCCAUCUUCCCAAAUUCUCUACACACCACUUCCUUUUUUCGGUGCCAGAAGAUGCGUCUAUUGGAACAGUUGUGGGUCAUCUUCAACAGGAUUCUCAGCUCGAACUUCCGGAUGUGUUUUUUUCACUGGUUACAGUGGAUCAUUUAUCAGAUUUUCCGUUUACCUUGAAACAAGAAAAUGGACAAAUUGUUGUCAGUAGUAUGUUGGAUUACGAAAAAACACGAGAAAUACGUUUCUUGGUGAGUUUGCACUCGGAGAGACAGGUUAGCGCAAAGGCUGUUUCUCUGGUGACAGUAAGAAUAACGGACGUAAAUGAUAAUAAGCCACGUUUUGAAAGUACCUAUGAACGUGUCGUUAUUUCGGAAGACUUACCGGUUGGCAGUAGUAUUAUGGUUGUUAGAGCUGUAGACGAGGAUACUGUGGGUUUGAAUUCGAAACUUCAAUAUAUCUUAGAAGAGGGGAACAACAAUGCUACUUUUAAGUUGGAUGAAGAAACAGGUUGGCUUACACUACUGAAAGAAGUUGAUAGAGAGGUAAUGGAUGAGUAUAUGCUAAUAAUUAGUGCUCGAGACGGGGGUGGACAAAGCACGCGAAAGAAGAUAACUAUUGUCGUCAAAGAUGUCAACGAUUCACCUCCGCAAUUCUCACAAGAAAUUUAUUCUGUUCAACAAUACAUGGAAGAUUUUAAAGUUGGGCAGGACGUUUUGCAACUACAAGUUCAUGAUCCCGAUUUAUAUCCGAAUAAUGUCACGAAGUUGUACAUUAUAAGCGGCAAUGAAUAUGGAAUGUUUGGACUUGAAGUGAACAGUAUUGUGCUUCAUAGACUCCCAACAGAUUUCCAUUCUUUUGAAUCACAUCUUCUAAUACUUGCACAUGACGGAAAGCACACAGCAACAACUGAAGUUAUGGUGAAACUGUUAUCGAAUUUUUCGCAGUUUCAAUGUGAACCGAAAGAAAUUCUUAAAAAUGUAACAGAAGAUUCGCCAUCUGGCACUAUUAUUAAAACGGGAUAUCAGAAAGUGCGAAAAUCAUUACGGUUCUAUCUUACCGGGUCGGAAUCUGAUCUGUUUAGAGUUGAAAACAAUGGAACAAUAGCUGUUCGUAGCCAACUUAACUCACAUAUUUCAGAUCAAGUUGAGCUAUUUCUUCGAGCGGAAACUCCGGAUAAUUUAUGCAUUCAGCGCAUAAUCGUUGAGAUUGAAAGAACGAGUGAAGGCAGAGUUACGUUUACGCAACCUGUUUUUUACGGUAUAAUUCAGGAAAAUAGCAACGCAACAAGAGAGGAAAAGCUGUUCGCAACUAGACUGAAAGUAGCUGUUGGCGAUCUUGAGGGCAUUGGCCGUGUCACAUUUAAGUAUGCGAACAAUAGUAACCAGUAUUGGGAUUUGUUCGAUAUUGAUAACGAAACUGGAAUUAUAACAGCGAUUUCUCCUCUUGAUCGUGAAGUUAAGGAUCAGUACAACUUCUCAGUUAUAGCUAUUACCGCAACAGGGAAUAGUGCUGAAGCAAAAGUGAUUAUUGAUGUGGGAGAUGUGAACGACAAUGCACCUAUAUUUGAACAGAAUAUCUAUCAUUUACGAAUUCCCGAGGAUGAAACAUUUGGAAAGGAGUUACUUCAAUUGAAAGCGUAUGGAGGUGAUGACAAAGAAGUUAUCAUUUAUCAAAUGCAAGCCUCUGAUGAUGUGGCUAAAUAUCUUAGCAUUGAUGCCCAUAGCGGUUUAUUGAAACUAGCUUCUACAUUGGAUUUUGAAAAAUUGGAGAAAUUCGCAGUAACUAUUAUCGCAACAGAUUCCGGAGAACCUCCAUUAAGUUCGACAUGUGAAAUAAAUGUCGAAAUUCUGGAUGUAAAUGAUAACCCACCACGUUUUAUACAAUCUAUUUAUCGAGCUACGGUGCUGGAGAAUAUGCAGCGCGGCACUAAGGUUGUACAGGUGUUGGCAAAUGAUCCAGACAGUGAGCACUUUGGUCGAGUGUCCUAUUUGAUAACAAACGAUGUAGCUGCCUUCACUAUCGGCGAAGAUGGAUGGAUUACAACCACGGAAAUGCUUGAUCGUGAAGCGAAGAGUACUUAUCGCUUGACAGUGAAAGCAGUGGACGGUGGUACUCCACCUCUAUCUGAUUCCACAAUUGUUGAAAUUGAAAUUGAGGACGAGAAUGAUAACGCUCCUUUUCUUAAGCAUUGCAAUAUGACAGCUGUUGUGCAGGAAAGCGUUGAACCUGGACAUGUUAUACUGCCAAUUUCCAUUAUUGAUAACGAUAAGGAGCCAAAUACCAGUUCAUACAAGUUGGAAAUUAUUGGAGAUGGUGCUUCAUUAUUUGCUUUCGACAGCACCCUGAACCUAAUCACUACGAAACGGUUGCCACCACAUGCCAAGAAAGAAAUUUAUCUUUUGUCGAUUAAAGUUUCUGAUAGAGGUAAUCUGUCCACGGAAUGCCCAAUGACACUGUUUGUUAAAGAAGAAAGCCGUCAUGCGCCGAAGAGCAAUCCAUUGAAAAUUACUCUGAAUACAUUGAUGGGUGAAUUUCUGGGUGGGAUCGUGGGUAGAGUUAUGGCGACAGAUGAAGACUCGUCAGAUAUGUUGCGUUACUCAUUAGCUGAUCAUGAGUCGAAUGCUAAUAGCAUCUGGUUGGAUCAUCAACGCUCGAAAAUUCCUUUCAGUGUUGAUUCGGAAACAGGUGACAUCAUUGGCGAAGCUGAUCUUCUUGCGGGGACUUACCGCUUCAAUGUUUCUGUAACCGAUGGUAAAUAUAUUGUUAUGGUACCAGUUGUAAUAGAUAUAACCUCAAUUGAUCAGGAUGCACUGGAUCAUUCCGUAAGCGUACGAAUUCACAACCUUCUGGGCGAAACAUUUUUCAGCAAGUAUGCUAGAAAUUUCAUACAUUCCUUGUCCAGAUUCCUGAAUGUCAAGCCACAAAAUGUUCAGAUUAUCUCCGUACAGUCUGCUUUAGUCCGACAUCAUCGUCAUGUCCGUCAGCUGAGUAACAGGACGGCAUCAGUGCAGGACUUGGAUAUCCUAUUCACAGUAUCGCGUGCUGAUUCUCGAGGAUAUCAUCGGCCGGAUUUCAUUCGGCAGAGACUUGAAAACAAUGUUGCCCAACUAAGUGGUAGUAUUGGCAGAGAGAUUAUAUCAGUAAUAACGGAAGUGUGUCGACGAGACGUGUGUACUAAUGGUGAGUGUCGGGAUCGUUUAUAUUUGGAUGAUGCGCAUAAUGUCUGCUAUAAGACCGAUUAUCAAUCAUUCAGCGCUCCCAUGCAUCUUAGAACCUACGACUGUACAUGCCGAACUGGUUAUGCUGGAAAGCGUUGUGAUAUACCGGUUGACAAAUGCAGUCGUGAUCAGUGCAUUCAGGAAGAGAUAUGCGUUCCAAUGAAUACAGACAUUGGAUUUGAUUGCAUAUGUCCACCAGGUACAACUGGGGAUCGCUGUGAUGCGACCAUUUGCGGCAAAGAAAAGCGGGAAUGCAGCCAGGAUGCGGAAAUUGGAGUUGGAGGUGACAGUUUUUUCCACAUGAUUGUUGCAAACUCGGUAGAGCGGCGACUGGAAUUGACGAUCAAUUUCAAGACUACAAGCACAGAUGCAGUUAUUAUGCAUGGAGCUGGCAAUUCAGAUUUUCAUACUAUCGAGAUUGAGAGACGAUAUGUGCAGUAUCGUUGGAACUGUGGUACUGGACCGGGAGUGGUUCGCAUUAACCAGCAGAUAGUCAGUGAUGGCAAAUGGCAUUCUUUAAAAAUAUCUAGGAGAGGCAGGCACGCGAAACUUGUACUUGACGGAGUGUACGAAAAGAAAGGCGACAGUCCACAGGGCAGCGAUGUCGUGAACCUUUACCGACAGGCUGUAAGACUUACUUUUGGUGCUAUGGUCUCACAAUUGGUCAACGAUAGCGCCUUCAUAGUAGCAAAUGAUCUAAAGCCAGUGAUAGCCAAGGGAAUGGUUGGCUGUUUUGGGCGCAUUUCUGUUGAUGGUUAUGAAGUACCGAAGACGAAGCAGAGUCUUUAUCUCUACAAUACUCGUUUAAACUGUAAUGCUAUCGUUAGUGCUCCAUGCGCUGUAAGCCCUUGUGAAAACGAAGGUACUUGUAUCCCUUCCGGUCAAAAAACUUACAACUGUGUUUGUCCUCCGCGAUAUACUGGUAACAACUGUGAAAUCGACUUAACACCAUGUGUUUCACAUCCUUGUCCUCGUGGUGUAGAAUGUAUCAAUUUGCAUAAUGACUUCUACUGUAGCUGUCCGCAUGGCUUCACAGGGAAAACUUGCCAACUGAGAGGAGAUUGGGAUCCGUGUUUAUCAAAUCCUUGUGGUCAUUUUGGCAGCUGUAUACGUUUGCCUCAUUCUGCUGGUUUCAUAUGUAAUUGCUCCCAUGGAUAUUCCGGAACAGCUUGCAGAGAUCGAUCACCGGAUUUGGUAUCAGAUGGUCGGCCAUUGAAAGCGAUCAAGAUUAUUGGCUUGAUUAUCGUUGUAUUGCUUCUUAUAAUCGUUGCCGCUCUUAUUGUCUGCAUUUACUUGCGUAUUAAAAAAAGUCGAAAACCAUCAAAAGUAAGAGAAAUGGAAUACGAAACGAAUAACUAUAAUCCGCGAGUAUCGAUGUCAUACGACGGUGUGCCACGUUCUGUAACACCAGCACCACCAUUAUUUCCACGUUUGCACAACAGCAACUACGAGAAAGGCUUGCCAACAGUUCAGGUACGUCCUCUUCCAAUCCAUGAACGAAUAAGUAGUUCGUCGAUUGGCGGUGGUAGUCGAUCUCCUUCGUUAGCAGGUUCGAAUAGAUGCCGAAUUCGUUGGGUUGCAGAAUCGGGUUCGGUAAAAAAUUGUGAUUCUGUUCACUGCAUUGGCAGUGGUGACGAAACCCAACCGCUUACUAGCAGUGAGGCACUGAGAAAAUACGGUGAGAUGAUUUUGGGCGAUGAUGAUGGAAUGGCAAGUUGCUCAUCGUCUCAACUGCAACUAUCUUUUACUGAUCGUUGUCGUCAACCUUCUGGUCCAAGAUAUAAGGCUCGGACGAAAAGGGCAAGAAAUAUUCGUGCAUCCGAUGAAAUUCCAACGAAGGAAGACUGGCGUGUACAGUGUGAGAAAAGGAUAAAUGGUGCUUGUGAUGUAGCUGCUGAACUACGCGGUGAACGUUUAAAGCAUAAGCCAGGCAUUGGUAGGAUUGUUACAAAUGACUCUUCACCAAACGUGCAAGACGAUGAUUACAUGACAAUGCGACCAGUACAUCGCCGGGUGAUAACACAAAGUUCAGCGAGUCAAAGAAGACCGUUAUUGGAGACAAGUGAUAGCGAUGGGGUAGAGAGUUCUGAUUUCUCAUAUCCGGAUGAAGUGAAAUCCUUACAACAUAGAAAAGCGCCGCCUCUGCCAGCACAUAACAUCAGGCGGGAAAAUAAAGCUGUUGAUGGUAGUGGUGUUACGCCGAAUCGUGUUUAUGAUGAACCGACUAUUGAUGCUGGUAAUAUUGACAAAAAGUCUUCCAAGAUAAUCAAGAAAGCACAGUCGACCUUAGAAUUGGCACAUUCAUCGGAAAGGUUUGAAGAUUUCAAUAACAUUGAUGAUAGCGACGAUGAUCGAACGGUGAACACAUCCACAUCCUCAAACGUACACCAAACAAUGGCCGUCCUUUGAGGCUCUGCACUGUUAUCACUUAUAUGUCCC